GCCAUCAAUUCACCAACUGCUAACAACCAAUAUUUUCCGCGCAGAAAGAUCAGAGGACCAUUGUGGGGAAUAAAUUUGCGGCCUCGCUUAGCAUUUAAGCAAGCUCCACCCGUGGACCCAGACGACCAAGAGUGCCGGCCGUGGCGCAGAAAGAUCUUAUUUUUUUCGCGGCAAUCGAUUACUAUGGCCUUCAAAUUCAGUUGGGUUUCGCUCUGGAAGAUUUCGCUACUUCUGUUGCUGAUUGGGGCUAUUUUACUUGCUUGUUUUACUCUCCCCGUCGAUAAGAUACUGAAAGAUUUUUUAGUAUGGAUAGAGCAAGAUCUUGGUCCUUGGGAGCCCCUAGUGCUGGCUGUUGCAUACAUUCCUUUAACGGUGUUGGCUGUCCCAGCUUCUAUACUGACGCUGGGUGGUGGAUAUCUCUUUGGCUUGCCUAUCGGUUUCUUUGCUGAUUCUAUUGGUGCAACAUUAGGUGCUGGGGCUGCAUUUCUUCUUGGGCGAACAAUAGGAAGAUCCUUUGUUAUUUCAAAGUUAGGUGAUUAUCCCAAGUUCCGAGCAGUUUCCAUUGCAAUUGAGAGAUCAGGAUUCAAGAUUGUGUUGUUGCUCCGGCUAGUUCCUCUACUUCCCUUCAAUAUGAUGAACUACCUCUUAUCCGUGACUCCAGUACCUAUAGCUCAUUACAUGCUAGCAUCAUGGUUGGGCAUGAUGCCUAUAACUUUUGCAUUGGUCUACGUUGGAACAACAUUAAAGGAUCUUUCAGAUGUAACACAUGGAUGGCAUGAAUUCUCCAGAACCAGAUUGGCAUUUAUCUUCCUCGGUCUUGUGAUGUCUGCGGUUUUGAUAACAUGCGUCACAAGAGUUGCAAAGGCUGCAUUGGAAAAGGCAUUGGCUGAAACUGGGGAAUGUCUAGCCGGAGAUACCAUGUCACAAUCGUUGCCUCUCACAUCGAAUCCUUCUGUCAACCUCCACGAACCACUUAUAAUCAAGAUUGAUUCCGAUCAAGACAACCACGAACACUAGUUCGUCUCGUGUAUACUCUCUCUACUCCUAGUUGUCAUUUGUAAUUACUCCCUCUAUGAGAUGCUUCAUAUUCAUCUGUACAGCUGGAAUCUUUAGCUUUAGCUACAUCAAACUUCAUGGUUAUUCCAGGUCUACUUUUACCUUCA